CGUUUUUACUUUAUAAAUUAAUCAAGCAUGUCAAAUAUGUAUAUUUUACCCGUUUGUGAGUUAAAAAUAAAAUAAAUUUCAAAUACAAACGCCACAACUGCAUGUUCACAGACAAAAGCUGCUUGCGUUGUUAAUCGAUAUAUCGGAUAAAAAAUUUCAUCUGUUGCGUCUAUCGCUGUAACAGAGCUAUCGCCACAGUACCAAAACAAUAAGCACGCAUUAUUUCGUCAGCACAUGAUUAACAUCGACAAUUUGUGGCAGUAUUCUUCAAUCGUGGGUAUACAUACAUAGACACACAUAUUUCAUAUCAUAGUUUAUCAGCAACAGUAAAAUACGCAGUCAUUAGUUGGAUCAAGCAAUUGAAGUUGGCUCGCUUCCAUGUCGCAGAUAGAUAACAUCUUCAAUCAGGUGCGAGCACGCCUGCAGGCGCAAAGCAUCAAACUGUGGGAGGAGCCAUACUAUUCCGAUGGCUUGGGUAGCAUUGAGGCCUCAAUUGAAUGUCUAGCUGAGGAUUACAGUGUCCAACUAGGAAUUGAUGCCUCAAGAUGCAAAUAUGUGAUCACUGAGUUGCAGGAUAAUGCGCUACGUAAGCUGGCGGCACGGCGAGAAUUCACCGAAACGGGAGUCGCCACGUUUAAGGUGCGACGUGUCGAUAAUCGCAACGGCACCACAAGCAUACUGGACAUUAAAUGUGAUCUUAACGAGCUGGGCUCCAAGUUGCAGCAAGUCAUUGCGGCCAAGCUGCAGCUGGGAGAUGCCAACGAAGUCAAAUGCAUUGCAGCGGGACGCAUCAUCUCGCCAAACGCAACGCUCGCUGCACAGGAACUCAAAAACAAUCAGCAGCUCAUUGUGAUCAUUGGGCAGCGGGAUGAUCAAAACGUUGCCCUGCAUGAGCGAAUUAGCAAGAUCAAAGCUGAUGUCGAGGCGGUAGUGGCAUCCCAGAGUCAGCUUAUGGAGAUGGAAGAUCAGGAUGGCAAUCCGGUGUUUCUGCCGCCGAUUGAGAAUCGCGCCUUGCUAACAGGCAUGGGUUACUGCGAGAAGGCGCGCGUUGCAAUGCAACGUGAGGAUUAUGAGGAGGCGCUGCUGUUGUUACUCGAAGCGGAUGAACAGUUUAGUGCGUGUGAUUCUAAAUUUCUUGAAUCAGUUGACAAUUAUGCACUGCUCAACUUGGAUAUUGUCUGGUGUUAUAUGUGCUUGAAGAAUGUUUCCCAGCUGCCGGAUGCAGAUCGACGUUUGAGCAUCUGUGAGCGUAAUUUCAAGCGUAGCUAUGGCGAAAACUAUUCGCGUCUCUAUGCGCUUAAGGGUCGUGGCUGUCCAGAGCGCGCGCUCAUUAUGCGGCUGCAACUGCUUCAGGGCGUCGUGCUUUACCAUCAAAAUCAACGAGAUGCCGCCUAUGAGCGUUUCGAGGCAGCUGCCGUUGUACUAAGCGAACUGAAGGUGAACGAUGAGCAGUUGUUGCUGCUUGUCGAAAUGGGCUUUGAGGUAAGUGAGGCACGCCUCGCCUUGCGCUCCAGCUCUGGCAAUGUGGAGCGAGCAGUGCAGUAUAUACAACAGCGCAAGCAGCAGCUAUCAGAUGCUCGCAAGCAAUCGAAGGGCGAGCGGGCCAUGCAUCGACGCUAUGCCAAGCAUGCGACCAAAGACAAGGACUGGGUAAAUCCUCGAAGUGUGUGCACUCUUACCGAAAUGGGCUUUGAGCGCCGUUUGUCGGCGGCAGCACUGCGACGCACUGAAAACGAUGUGCCACGUGCAGUGGAACUGCUGCAAACCAAUUCCGCGGAGCUGCGCGAUACAUUGCCUGAAUCGCAAAGCGUGGACGCAGUGCAGCUGGCUGCCUUGUUGCAGCUCGGCUUUAAGGAACCAGCUGCUCGGGCUGCUCUUGAGAGCGCAGAAAACAAUUUGGAGCAGGCGACGGAUUUUUUGCUUAAAGCCAUACAGAGCGAGGAGGAGCUUCUGCAAACGGUGGAGCGUGUUACACAAUUGGCUAGUGGUGGAAUGUUCAAUUUGGAUGGAGCAUCCACUUCACAGGCAGCCGAUGUGACACCAAGCGGCUUCCUCAUAGAUGCCGUGCUGCAAAAGGCUAAGGCCGAGAUGGAGGCAUAUCAGGCGUUCAAGCGCUUGAAUGCCGAUCUGACACACAGUGAUCAGGAUUACUUGGACUUGCCGUUGCUGCAGGAGGAGCAAUUGCUGGCCGAGUAUCGCAAUUUGCUAGAGCAAUAAAACGAGGCAACUGCCGAUGUUGCGAUUUUUGCCUUGUUGUUAGUGCCUAAGCGAUUGAAUUUAAUUACGUUCGAUACAGCGGCUCCGGCACGCUAUAAAAACCGGUUUAAUACAUGCGGAUAACUGUAA